AUGACCAGGUUUAUUUUACCGUCCGUGUACAUAGCCUUCCUCUGCGGCUCACUAAAGGGAACCAGGACUAUUGUAGCCUGCUACGACAAGAACCUCCUCAUGUGUCUCACCAUUCUCGGGCCUCAUCCAGAAGUGCCCCUGAUAAUACCAACUUCAGUUGGCUGGUUGCUAAGCACAGCGUUCCCCCUGGAUACCUUCCUGUUAGUCGCCCUACAGCUGACCCUAGUUCUAGCUUACUCCGCAAUCGUUUGGACCUUGAUCAGGAAGUACAGGAGCAGUAAGGUAGUUAAAUCUCCGGGCCCCUCCACUCCGCAACUACCCAGAACUCCGCAGCAACAGAGAAAUGAGAGCUAUCUUCACAGAGCUAGUACCAGAUCAGCUGAGAUGAUGGUUGCAGUGUGUCUGUCUUGUAUCGUAACCUCACUCCCUGCCUCGCUCUACAACCUCAUUUCCUAUCUGUUCGGGAGUUACAGUCCUGUUAUUGCUGCACUGGACCAGUCUGGUGCCUACAAGUGGAUCAUGUGGUCUUAUCAUAUCAGCCCUGCAAUAAAUCCUAUGAUCUACGCGUACUUCAACACACAUCUACUCACGGAACUAAAGUACCUCAUCAUAUGCAAACGCAGUCCCAGGAUCUUGAACAAACCAUCAAAGAUUCAUUAAUGAGACAAAGCAAAUG